GGACAAAUGCCAUUUGAUGUUUUAAUUAAAGUGAACUAUACAUGCCUGAACUAUACAUUUCUAACUCUAUAGCAAUACCAACCAUCACGUACGAUAAAGUUAGUUCAAUCAGAAUGAAGCUAGAAAUUGGUACUGUUUUGGUGCAUGUAUUCUGGUUGACAAUUCAAGUCCAAGCUUUGCAGUUGAUUGCAGAACCGACACUGAUCGAGUCUGGUACUACUCGACAUUUGAUAGUCAAUUGUAGUGUCGACCCUGAAACUUCCGGUAAAAUGAUAUUUUUGAACUCCAUUGUCCUGACUCGAUCCACAGAUGUCAACAAGUCCGAUGCUCACGCGGUAGCCAUUAUCACAACAAUGAACAAAUCUGUUCUUCUUUUCGAUCAGGACGGCUUAGGCAGCGGCGUCUUAUCCAUCAGUGGCGAAUCCUACUUGUGUAUGCAGUGGGAGUAUCCAAUAUUUUCCAUGGCUGGCGAAUACAAAUGCGAUGCCAAUGGUAUGAGUCUGUCUUGGCAACCUGUGACUGUUUCAUCGUCAGUAAAUGUAGCUCUGAAGGAGAUGUCAAUAAACUCUGUUUAUUCACAGUUAAGAAAUAGCCAGCUAGAAAAUAAACAAAGGAUUUACGAUAUCGGCCAUCUUGCUAAAGAAUUAAAAGAAAACAAUGUUGUGGUUGAAACAAACACCAAGGAUAUAAAGACGUUACAAGAUCAGCUUAAAUACACAACAGAAUUUAUUCAAGAUCUUAUAGAGGAAAUAAACGAAGCAGCCAUAAAAACGUUGUUCUUUGAAUCCUCACUUUACAAUGGACACACAUAUUUUUUGCCAAAAGAAUCAACUCUUCGUGCGUCCUCAACAGCCACCUUCGCUUGCACUAAACACGGAGGCUUUCUUGCUGAAAUUGAAGACCUUGAAGAAUGGCGAUUCGUGAACAAUUUCUUAAAACAGUAUCCCCUUUAUUAUGCAGUUUUAAUCUCAGGUACAGACGAAGGUCAUGAGGGGCUCUGGACCAAUAGUCGUAAUAAUGGGACAGUAACCUUCUUCAAAUGGUCUCCAAAUGAGCCAAGCGAAAUAAAGGGAGAGAAUUGUCUUGCUCUGUGGAGAGAUUUUGAUUGGAACAUGGCCGAUGAUGUAUGUUCCCUUGAGACUCAUAAAUACACGCUUGGAUAUCUCUGCGAAAAGUAGCAUGUUAUGACGAGGUGAUAGGAAAUGAAACAUAUAGUAUAGAAUAAAUCUUCCUGUCUGUGGC